GUUCGCGUCACGAAUAUAUCGAGCCUUCCAAUCGAAAUACUCACGCAUAUCUUCUCCGAUGUCAUGCCUCUGGAAUUUGAGACCAAAGCACCAUAUGAAUGGACGCAACACACAAAUAUACGGGAUGCCCCAGUCCUUUUCACGAGAGUGUGUCGAAGAUGCACUACGGAGGUCGGAAAGGGUGAAAGCCACCGAGAAAUCACCUCCGUUUUGGGCUGAUUUCGACGCGGCGUGUGUUUACUUUCACCGGAAUGUGCUCCGACGCGGUGAUUUUUGACGUUGCACGGGGUGAUUGGAACGGGUUGUCUUCACCCCGUUAAUCCUCUCUUUCACCAUUCGGUUUCGAGGGUCUCGAACAGUCAGUUUUAGCCAUUUUACAAGGUUCCUUUCACUAGCCAUCUAUUCAUUUCUUUCGGUUUUUUGUCGAGGGUGAUUAUGACUUCUUGUUCACUAUUGGCUUGGUCAUCAACAUUUGUCCCAUCGUCGGCCGCUGUUCGGCACGGCGCCCACCUACU